AGCCACAAGCCCAACACCGCUGUGGCGCAAGCCUACUACAACCGCGCCGCAGGCAUACGCAAGCUAACCACAGAAACUGGAGCAGGCCAAUGGGGCACCUCGCUGUCUUUUGCGGGCUCGCUCUUUGGUAUUGAUGUGGAGGUGUUUCAAGUGCGCAUCUCCUACGACCAAAAGCCCUACCGCCGCGCUGUCAUGCAAACUUAUGGAGCCAGCUGCGUAGCCUCUCCCUCCUCGCUAACCGAGUCAGGCCGUGCAAUAUUGGCGCAAGACCCCAACCACCCAGGCAGUCUGGGCAUAGCAAUAUCUGAGGCGGUGGAGCUGGCUGCGCAGCGAGAUGAUACCAAAUACGCGCUGGGCUCAGUGCUCAACCAUGUGUUGUUACACCAAACCGUAAUAGGCCUAGAGGCGAUUAAACAAAUGGAGCUGGCUGGAGACGACCCCGAUAUCAUCAUAGGUUGUGCAGGCGGAGGCAGCAAUUUUGCUGGCAUCGCAUUUCCAUUUUUGGGUCAGCAAUUGCGC